UUGAAUUUGUCUCCUAUGCUUGAUCAAGAGACGAACGAGACAGGCUUCGAAGUCGAAACGGCGCAAGUCCUCACAUCUCCUAGGCCAAUGGGCCGGCCAACCAGCCUGGGAAUCUCGUCCCAGUCAGUGGCGGCACCUAUGGAAACGAGGCGAUCGUCACGUUCUCAAGCAGCUCUGCGGACCCAUGAAGCAGCUGCAACAAGAGAGAGGAGGGGACGAAGAGGCGGCGAUUCUCGCGCUCUUGAAAUCAAGUUGGGACAGUUUUACAGCAAGAUCUUGUUAGUCGGCAAAGUUUUUAACCUCUAAGGUGUCUUCAUUACGAUUCCUGGUGGGGAUUGAUUCGUGGAAUCAGUUAGUGAAAGUGUCAAGUAAAAUGUCGUCUUGAGACUGGGCAUGCCAUUGAUUUGUGAUAAUAUGGCCUUUCAUCCACCUCCAUCGUCAAUGAUGCCCAAUAUGCGGUUGAUGCAUCCACCCACUUCUUUGGGGGCGGGGGUGGCUCCUCCUGGGGCGUUUUCCCUCUCUUCGGGGAUGACGGGCUUACCUCCACCCUCCUUGGCCCAAAGUUAUCCCGGAUUGUUUGCGCGGAACAUUUUUGCAGGGUUCCCGCAGAGACAUCCGGGACCUUUGAUGGAACCAAAAGACGAUGGAGUGAAGGACGAUCCUAAAGUGACUCUUGAAAUGAAGGAGUUGUGGGAAAAGUUCUCGAGCUAUGGUACAGAAAUGGUGAUUACCAAAAGCGGAAGACAAAUGUUUCCUCAACUCAAGUUUCGUCUGUCAGGCCUGGACCCAAAAUCAAAAUACAUUCUUCUCCUGGACGUUGUGGCAGCAGAUGAUCUCAGAUACAAAUUUCACAACAGUCGCUGGAUCAUUGCCGGAAAGGCUGAUCCCGAGAUGCCCAAAAGAAUGUACAUUCACCCGGACAGUCCAGCCACAGGGGAGGUCUGGAUGCAAAAGAUCGUGUCUUUUCACAAACUCAAGCUUACCAACAACAUUUCGGACAAAAAUGGACUGACGAUCUUGAACUCGAUGCACAAGUAUCAGCCCCGAUUCCACAUUGUCAGAGCCAGUGAUAUAAUGCAAUUACCUUACUCGACCUUCAGGACGUACGUAUUCAGGGAGAGCCAAUUCAUCGGGGUAACCGCCUAUCAGAAUGAAAAGAUAACCCAGCUCAAAAUUGAUCACAACCCAUUCGCCAAAAGAUUUCGUGAGAGCGGAGCCGGGAAAUCGCAAAAGAAGUGA